GUUGUGUUCGGAUCCGAAACCCAAAUAAUCCUAAAACGACCCCCCUACGAGGCCACGACUCCGCUCCUCUCCUCCCCUUCUCCAUCUCCCUCCUCCUCAGAUGACGAAUCCCUAAUCUCCUCAUCCAUGGCGACGGAGCUGAUCCCGGUGGUGGACCUCCGCCUCCUCUCUCAGGCGGAGCUCAACACCCUCUCCCACUCGUGCCCCAACGCCUUCGACCUCCGUCGCUGCGACGACAUCGUCGUCCCCAAGAUCGACCGCUCCGUCUUCAACGAGAGCGCCGGGAGCCGCAAGCAAACCUACUCCCGCCUCCGCCUCGCCCCUCACAAGCCCUCCCCCUCUCCCUCCUCCUCCUCCUCCUCCGGCGCCGGCGCCGCGGCGUCCGCCGCAGGUCAGCGCCCUCGCGGCCUCCUCUCCUCCCACUCCGCCGCCGGCGACGGCGGUGACGAGGACGAAACCGGGCGCCGCGAGAACCAGCAGAUCGUCUCCCACCUUCGGCGCCUCUUCGCCCAGGAGGACCCUUCCUUCUCCUCUCCCGCCACCGCCACCGAUCCUCCCCAAAAUCUAACCCUAGAUCCUCCGCCCCACGCUCCGGCUGGGAGAAACGUAGAUCCGGUUUCCAAUGGGUGUAAGGCGGAGUCGCUCGCGUUGGUUCCCGUUCAGGAUAGGGACCGGGAGGUUUUGAAUCCCAAAGGCGUGGCGGUUGAUCUGGUCGCGCUGGGGGAGAAGGUGGAUCCCUUCGGGGAGGAGCUGAGGAGGAGGACGGAGGGGUUAUCGAAAGAGGAGGAGCUUCUUGGAUUCCUUAAUGGUUUAGAUGGGCAAUGGGGGAGCCGGCGAAGGAGGAGGAAGAUCGUGGACGCUUCCGGGUUGGGAGACCACUUGCCCAAGGGGUGGAAGCUUCUCCUCGGGCUAAAGAGGAAGGAGGGUGUGGCCUGGGUGAAUUGCCGCCGAUAUGUUAGCCCAAAUGGUCAUCAAUUUGUUACCUGUAAAGAAGUUUCUUCAUACCUUCUUUCUCUUGUUGGACAACCGAAUUCUCUCAUCCAAGUUUCUGUUGAAACUGAUGGGAGAGCAGCUGGACUUGCUGGAUCUUCUGCAGCAGGUAUUUACCAGCAAAAUGGUGCCGCAAAGGAAAACCAGACUUUGCCCUCAACUUCCUCUCUAUCUAUUGAUCAUGAGAAGCAAGUGGCUCUUUAUUUGGGUGAGAGGAAGGCAGCAGAAGAACUAAGGAAGGGUUAUGUAUGCAGCGAAUGCAAACUAACUUUUAUUGAUAAAGAGGUAUAUUUGGAGCACCGGUUGAGAUGUCAAGGGGCAAGCGCAAAGAGACGCAGGCUUCACAAAUCCAUUGGAGAAGGUGUCAUAGUUAAAGAUGGAAAAUAUGAAUGCCAGUUUUGCCACAAGACUUUUAAUGAGAGACAGCGCUAUAAUGGCCAUAUGGGGGCUCAUGUAAGGUACCAAGGACUUAGUGCAGAAGCAUUAUCAGAUGAGGCUUCUACACAAAGAAUCAUUACUGCAUCUCCCUUGAAUGUAGCAUACAGUGAUCCCAAGGAGAUGAGUGCUUUGCCCGAGGAGAGUGAAAGAGCAGUAAUAUCUACUCAUAAUUGUGUCCAAACUGUUGAGAACUGUGAAGUUGAUAAACCUGAAAUUUUGGGGGUAUCACGCACAGAUAAAUCUUUUGAUAAUCAAAAAAGCCUUGAGAUAGCUGAUAAAUCUGGAGAAAUUCCUCAUGUUGGUGACCAGAUAAUUUGUCAAGAUGUGAUGGAUAACAAAUCUAAAGAGAUUUUGCGGAGUAGCAAUGUAAUGGAUAAAGAGUCUAAUGGUUGUGCUGCGAUAUCAUCUAUGCUCUGUUCUAACGUGAGUACCAUAGCAGUGCAUAAGUUAGCUGGUGUUUCUCAAGAAGGUCCUACAGACAAAUGUGCUGAUAUCCAGGUUGUUGUCAGUAAUGUGGAUUUUAGUAAAUGUGAAGACGUUGCUAAAAUUAGCAAUAUUGAGGAUAUGAAACCUCUUAGCAGCCAAAAUACUGAUUUUGAUACAGUUGAUUUGAAAUCAGAAGAGGUUGAUGGAGCUAGGAACCAAGAGGAGAUCAAGCUAAACCCGAGCUCGGAUACUUUGUACCCUCUUGCAAAUAAAGAUAAUGAAAUAUGUAAAGAUGCGGAUAAAGCUGCUCGUUUAUCUUCCCUUGCUUUCUCUCCUGAUGCCAUUGGUAAUGAUAGUGAUAAGAAUGACUUUAGAUCUCAAGUUUCAGUAGACAUUAAUGAUGCAAUGGUAUUCCAACCAAAUGGAUGCAUUAAUUAUAUAUCGUCAUCUGUCAUGGAUGUCGAUAGAGAGAAAACUGUUAGUGAGCUGGAUCUUGCUUCCUCUUCCAUGAUUCCAGAAUUUGGAAACUAUGGUAGGGAGCAGUCUGGAGCCCUGGAGAAUCAUUUGAUUGGCUUUUCUAGUGAUGGACCAUGUUACGACACGGAGAAAUAUAGUACUGAUAUUUUUACCAGCAAUAUUGCAGGUAACAUUCUUGUUGGAAUGGAUAUUCCUAUUGCUGAACUUAAAACUGAUUUAGCAAAUUGCCAUGAACUCUUUGAGAAGGAUACAGUUUCAAAAGGAACGGUAACUGAUACAGUAGAUGCCAGCUCCUGUAGUAAUCCUUGUUUCCAUGGGCAUACAAGUGCCAUUGAACCUAAUGCGGGUUGCACAUUUGAUAUUGAUACGAAGGAAUCCAUGUUUCAAGGGUUGGAUAAGCCUGAUCAUGAGCUGGAAAAUCGUUUCAAUAGCAGCAAUUCUGGGUAUGAAGAGGCCGGUGCAAGUGCCACUACAGGGAUCAAUGGUGAAAGAAAUUAUUUGCAGUUUAAUUUGACGGGUCUAUCAUCAUGGACGUAUUCUGCUGAUGGUAUUCCAAUCGUCAAUAUGAUCACUCCCCAGUGUGAAGAUUAUCUUGGCGGGAUUGGUGAGAAGCAAGAGAAUUUGCCUGGUGUUGAAGAAUUGAGAUUGGGUCCAUCCGAACCUUUUGAUUUUCUUAACCUGACCAACCAGAGUUCAUUACCUCUAGCUGAGUCUACUCAAGUAUUUGGUUAUCCGACUCAAGCUGAAAAUGGUAGCUGCCCCUCCCUUGAGUUAGGCUGGGAUUUAUCUUCACCGAAGGUCGUUGGUGGGUACCCAUACACAUCAAUGUGUGUUUGGUGCAGCAGGGAGUUUAGCCAUGGUGGUGCGAAUCCCGAGCAACAAUCUGAUACAUUGGGCUUCAUCUGCCCGGCUUGUAAAGAAAGGAUUUCGGGUCAUCUCAAUGUGUUACAAAAUGGCUCAUCCACUUUGCGAUAAUGUAGAAAUGUAUCAUACUAUUCUAUGGUCUAUUCAUUUUUAGAAUUUGGUGGACCUUGGAUGAAUUUCGGUAAUUUUGUUUAGGAAUGUGAAAUUUGACAUGUACUACUGACGAGUUCAUAUGGAUUACUUUCUCAGAGUGGCAUCCAUGGACUCCAAUUUCCUUGCUGCCUUAACUAUGAAAUGUAACUUACUUUUGCGCGUAUUUACUCUUGUGGUCCAGUCGAAGUGUCAUGGAAUUGUUGCGCU